UGUAGGCAAAUAUCUACAUUGAUACGGAUAAAAUUUGAUAUAGAUAUUAGAUACAUAACACAGAUAAAUAUUCUCGUAAGAUCACUUGCGUGUUUUCCUUAGUUUUUAGCAUUAUUGUAUCGACAUGAAGUGCUUGUUGCUAUUAGCAGGUGUUACUUUGACCCUGGGCGCCGUACACAGGUCAACUGCUCGCGACUUUUACGCAGAAGACCGUGCGGAUGGAGGAUACACUCUCAAGGCAGACUCUGAAGAUGGUAGUACCACCAUUCUGGGUCACAUUGGUCGCAAGGUAUCCGUUGACGAUGACGAAGUAACCUUCCACCUAGACUCCGAGUACGACGAGGCAAGCGGAGGUUUCAAGCUGAGCAUACACUGGGAUGGGCCCCGAGAUACAAUCUUUGAAGAUUGCUACGAUUUUGGAAAUAAACAAUGGUACGGAGGUCCUGAACAAAAAGAACAGCACUGGCCAAUACAAAAGAGUAAAAUACAAAAAUACUCCAUAAUUUCCAAGGAAGAUGACAACGCUGCCAUAUCAGAAAGAUACUGGCUUAACUCCGAUGGCUGGUACAUCUACGUACAACCGGAUGUACCUCUAUUCGUAGACCAUCAUAAUAUACUUGACAACCAUAUCUGCUUCAUCGCGGAAGUCGCCGAUCCCUACUCCUUGCAGCGUACCCACAAUGUCCUUAAAUACGACAUAUGGUUUUUCGAUAAUCCUAAAAUUGCUCAUCAGCAUGCCAUCAAAACCUAUCUGGGCAAACCCUCAGGAAUUCCUGACUAUAGAAUGAUCCAGUACCCAAUUUGGUCAACUUGGGCAAGAUACUCUCGGGAAAUAAAUCAAGAAUUACUUUUGAAGUUCGCUAAUGAAAUAGCAAAUAGCGAAUUCCCGAAUGCCCAAUUCGAGAUCGACGAUUUGUGGGAAGUCUGUUAUGGAUCGCUUACCGUUGACGAGAGAAAGUUACCUGAUUUCAAACAAUUAGUUCAAGAUAUUAAAAACCUAGGUUUUAGAGUUACAAUCUGGGUGCAUCCAUUCAUCAACAAAGAUUGUGACCCGUGGUACACAGAAGCUUUGGAAAAUGGUUACUUAGUCCUCAACGAAGCAGGCAGCCCUGACACGUCAUGGUGGAACAACAACGGCUCUGUCCCCGGGUACAUAGACUUCACCAACUCCAAGGCAGCUGCCUGGUACACGAACAGAAUUCGUAAUCUCAUCGAAACAUAUAACAUUGACAGCUUGAAAUUUGACGCCGGCGAAUCCAGCUGGUCUCCACAGAUUCCAGUACAAGAAGGCGAUAUCGAUCUACACCCUGGUCAUUUUUUAUAUAUAUAUAUAUAUAUCAUAAAAAAUCAUUAACCUGGUUUCGCAAUCUUCAGAACGCAAGAUCUCCCGGUUUUCGUUCGUAUGGUUGACAAAGACACGCUAUGGGACUUUAACAACGGCUUGGCUACGUUGAUCACCACACUUCUUCAAAUGAAUCUGAACGGCUACACGCUGGUGUUGCCAGAUAUGAUCGGGGGUAACGGAUAUAAUGAAAAGCCCAGCAAAGAGCUGUUCGUGAGGUGGCUACAGGCUAACGUGUUUAUGCCAACGUUACAAUAUUCCUUCGUGCCGUGGGAUCACGAUGAUGAGGCGGUAGAGAUCUGCCGUCGGUACACGGCUCUACACGCAGAAUACGCAGACGUUAUCGUAGAAGCUAUGGAGGCUUCCGUGAGGGACGGUACUCCCGUCAACCCGCCCAUUUGGUGGUUGGACCCCACCGAUGAACACGCUCUCGCCAUCUGGGAUGAAUUCCUUCUGGGUGAGAGAUUGCUCGCCGCCCCCGUGGUGGAACAAGGAGCUACAUCCCGGGACGUGUACCUACCGCGGGGCUUAUGGCGAGAUGGCACUACUGGGCAGAGCUAUUCCGGCCCUACCUGGCUAUUGGACUACCCAGCACCUUUGGACACUCUGCCGUAUUUUAUUCUGGAAGAUUAAAUGGACAUAAAAUAUUGUUGAUAAAUAACGGUUAUACCUAUAUUUUUCUGAUGUCAUACAUUUCAAUAAAGUUACGAUAUGUCUAAAAUCAUUAAUAAUUUGUGAA